CGACAGGUCUCUUCUUCUUUUCUCUCAGAAACGAAGAAUGUCGGACGUGGUGGAUCUUAGAUUUUUCGAUGCAAUCCAGACCUCCAUGGAGGCAGAAGCUGCUACUAAGGAUAACAUCCGUACAGCAGUUCGCGAACUAGACAGGACUAACAGGAACAUUACAGCUGUUCUGAACAGGGUUCACUCUAGUCCCAGAGAGCAAGUUCCAGCUCUAUGUGCGCAAGCCCGUAUUCAUUUUGGAGACAUCCAGACUCAUAUUCAGGAAGUCGCCAAGAUAGUUCCUGUCAACCAAUAUUACAAAUACAACAGCUUGUGGUCAGGACCAAUGCAACAAGCUUGCUUCCUUGCCACAUUGACGAUGUACCUGGAGCAUGAGCGCCUGAUCACGGUUGAAGAGCUUGAAGGAUUUUUUGGUGUCAAAGUUGAUCUCAAUAACGACAUUUCCAGAUUUGAAAUUUCGAUCGAAGAAUUCCUCCAUGGUAUUGUCUCGCUUACAAAUGAGCUUUCUCGUUUAGCGGUGAACGCUGUAACAGCCGGUGAUUUUACUCGUCCAAUACGUAUCGGGAAAUUUCUAAAGGAGCUUUACAGCGGAUUCCAGUUGCUGAACUUGAAAAACGACUCGCUUCGUAAGCGAUUUGAUGGUAUCAAGUAUGAUAUCAAGAAGGUUGAGGAAAUCAUUUAUGAUCUGACGGUACGAAAGCUUCUUGUGAUCAACAUGGAGGCAGUGCAGGGAACCCCCAAUGUUGAACAGGAAAUGCGAACAUAAAAUGGAUCAUAUUGGACUCCAAAACACUCUGGUCCCAGAGCGUUUUUAAUAUUCUCAUUCCUCGCCAUCCAUUUUCUUCUGCGCAUUGGCUUUAUGGGCGAUUCGCACGAACUUGGUGUGGCGACCAAGGGCAAUAACCUUUUCAUCCACUGUGAUCUCUACAUCUGUGUACGCAAGAGAACCUCCAACUUUGUGACAUCGAGA